AGAAAUGAAAACCUCAUAUGUUAAUGCGGAUAAACCUCGUGUAAAAUAUGUCAUCCUAUCUAAACUUUUUUUUUCUGUCUGUUUAUGAAAUAAUAGUUAACAGCUAAACCGCAUUAACAUAUGAGGUCUUCAUUUCUUUAUCAUUAGUCUAAACUUAACCGGACCUCGUGGUCUGGUGGUAAAAAAACUUCGGCUGAAGUGUCUGCCAUCACGAGUUCGAGUUCCGGUCACAGUAGAUUUAACAUGGUUUUCGUUUGGUUUUCAGGACUUUCCUUGCCGGUACUAGUUGGAUGCGGUGGGAUAGUCGGAGUAAGUGAGAGGUCCGGAUACCUAGAUAGUCGGUGUUGUAUUAAAGUUAUUACAGUUAACUAGAAUUAUAGAAUUUUUUUCUCAAAUUCUUUUUAAAGAAAAUAACGAUUUCCUUAAGAAAAAAAAAGAUCUUUAGCUCAUACUUUACCCAAUUUUAAAAUCUUAAAAAUAUUUAAGUGGUUCAGUAGACCAUUUUUUACCACCUUUCACCUAAUCCUAAAGUUAAAGAUCAUAAACUAAAAAGACUAGUGACGUUAUUCACUGUAACAUACCCUAUGAUUAAACUAAAUAUAAUAAUCGUAACAUUCAAUAAUAUUCUGCAUAUAUAUGAUCAGUUUCCUAUAAAGUUAGUUUCAUGGCAACUUCCUUGGACCUCUAGAGUACUAUAUAAUAGACGGUAAUGAAGCAACAAAACCAAAGCCAAGUCUCAAGAGAAGAAAAAAAAAACACAAAGACUCUUUCGUACGACACAAGCAAGAGUCUUGAGACACAAGAAACCAGAAAAAGAUGCUUGAAACCGUAGCAAUAUGGGGCAAGAUGGUGUCGAGUAUUAUGCUCAUUUGGGCGAUGUACUCACAAUACAUCCCUCGCCAUAUACGAUCUCAAAUGGAGAUAUACUUCUACAAGCUACUCGGAUGGCUCUCAUUCUACGUCCACAUCAAGUUCAGAUAAGUUAACAAAUCGACUCGAAUAAUAAAACAAUUUGACGAGUAACAGAUUUUUUUUUUUUUUUUGCUAAAACGUUAAUAUCAUAUAAAUAUGAAAAAAGGAACUUACAAAGUUGUAAUCCUAAUGACAACACUUCCAAGGCAAAAAAAGGAAAAACAAGGAAGUAUUACAAGGUAGUAUUGGAGUUUCAACCACCAUUUCACGUAAACUGAAGCCAAGAGGACAAGAGGGUGUUGUAUUUUCUCUUGUCUCUUCUUCCUAAGAGAAUGUUGCGCACCUCUCGAUCAAUAAUCCUAAACACCGUGUUCGGUGGGAUAAGGACCUGAUUAUGGAGGAUAUUAUUUCUCUGCCGCCAAAUGUGGUAGACAGUUGAUUGGGUAGCUAUCUUCUUCAAAAUGGAGACAUUUAGACCACGUGGUAGACGAGUAACAGAUAAUGGGAUCUGCUAAUCAGGCCCAUACAGUUAGACCACGUGGUAGUUUUGUAGUGUUAGGUGAGAUCGAAUCAUCUAUAUAUAACAUACACUCGGCUUAUGAAGCGUUAGGUGAGAUUGAAUCAUUGAAAUAUACGCACAUCCCUCCCUCUGACACUACACUGACUCACCCAUUGGUGUAUAAUCAAUUUUUUUUUAAAAAAAUGGCAGAUGUUGUAGUGGUCUCUGAGACCAUAGUUCGACCAGAGAGCAACGAGGAUGGAUCGGAUCGGGUUAAGAUCCACCUCACUCCAUGGGAUCUCAUCUUCCUUCGAACUGAAUACCCACAAAGAGCUCUUAUCUUCCCGAAACCCGACCCGAAAAUCAACGUGAUUUCUCAACUGAAGUCCUCUCUUUCCGCAGCUUUGAAGAUCGUCUAUCCAUUCGCUGGACGUCUAGUGAAGAUCCACAACGAAGACGACGAAACGGCGUCGUUUUACAUAGACUGCGAUGGCUCGGGUGUCAAAUUCGUGCAUGCAGAUGCUAAAACUGUGUCGGUGAGCGAUGUUUUAGAACGUUCGGGGGAUAACUGGAACACGUUUUUUCCAGCAAACGGAGUUAAAAGCUUAGAAGGUGUCACGGAGUCUUUGCUUGCUCUCCAAGUAACGGAGUUGAAAGAUGGAGUCCUCAUCGGAUACGGCAUCAACCACUUGGUUGCUGACGGAGCUUCCUUCUGGAGUUUUUUCAAAACCUGGACGGAGAUUUGCUCCGCCGCCCGGAAAACGUUUCCUCCUUUGCCUCUCCGUGGCUGGUUCCUCCCAGAGAUUGAUUACCCGAUUCGGAUCCCCAUCUCGGAGACAGUACCAUCAUCACCCGUUAGGGUUGUUGCAUCUUCCUCGUUGCUCUAUCUACCAAAGAAGAUGUUUCGGUUCACGAGGAGACACAUCUCCGAGCUCAAAGCGAAAGCCAACGCCGAGGUUGCUGCUGCUGCUUAUGGCGAGCAUCUGAAAAUCUCGUCGUUUCAAGCCGUUUUGGCGCAUAUGUGGAGGUCAAUAAUCAGAAACAGUGAUCUCGAUCCGGAAGAAGUGAUUCAUUUCAAGUUGCCUAUGGAUUUGAGACAGAGGCUAAACCCUCCGCUCCAGAAAGAGUGUUUUGGAAACAUGGUCGGACUGCCCACAGCCAUUACAACGGCCGGAGAGAUGCUUGACAAUGGACUGGGUUGGGCUGCUUUGCAACUGGACAAAACUGUGAGGUCGCAAACGAAUGAAGAACUCAAGCGUUUUGCUGAGGAUUGGGUGAAGAACCCAAAGAUACCGAAUGGUUUAAUGUUGAAUAAUUCCUUCCUUGUUGGCAGCUCUCCGCGGUUCAAUGUGUUUGGAAACGAUUUUGGUUGGGGUAAACCGAUUGCGGUUCGAGCUGGACCGGGAAUCUCUGGCCAUGGUAGAAUCCUUGUUUACCCGGGAACUGAACAACGAAGCAUGGAGAUUCAAACGUGUUUAUGGUCUCACGUUUUGGAUAAAUUAUUGGCUGAUGCAGAAUUUUUACAGCAUGUCUUAUGUGUUCAUCCAAGUCGAUUGUAAUUCUUUCUUUUAUGUUCUACAUUUCUGCUAGGCAA